ACAAUAUGUCUAAAGGAUUAGCUGAUCUAGUUAAUAUUGUAAAAGGGUUAGAAACUAGAGUCCAUGGUAUAAGUGAACAUUUGGAUUAUAUAAAGUCUGAAAAUCAAGACAGACAUUAUCCAAAAACUAAUUGGGGAGGUGCAUAG